GAUGACAGCUGUAGGUCGGUGACAGUAGCCACGACAGGGGGUUGCGCACAAAUGCCUUGAGUCUAUAUAAGAAGACUGCGUCCCAUAAAGCCACUGGUUAGUUUGCUCGUCGCUUCUUUCUAUCAUAUGUGUACUAGUUUUACGGUACCAGACUAGUUCGGAGACCCACUCACUACAUCGAUGUGUUCCAAGAUAAGGUCAAAAUAGGCGGGCAAGCGGCGAAAGACAGCUUUGUUAAUCAGUGCUGUUGUAUCUGUCACGAAAGUGAUUGAUAGAUGAAUUGGCUCGAUACCCGCUUCACUGAGUAGUGUCACCGUGCAAGCUUCGCACUUCAAAUUUGGACUUUGGCGGUAGAACUACCUCGAUGGGAUAUAUUUCCUGCAUGGAACAACAAAAGAAUACAACAUCAUUCAACUAUCUGUACUUAUGUUUGGAUUCCUGUCAUGACUCUCUGGAUGGUUAGCGUGAAGUCGUAGACGUCGAACUCAGACUCGUCAACAUGUCCAUAUUGGUCUAACAUGUACUCAUAUAUUAUAUUUGUGCUACUGACUAUAGCUUGGUCUACAUCCACUAGCGGAUUUCCAAGCUCAUCCGGUUCUGAUUGCAAUGUGCAACUUAAAUGCACCGGGCCUUACGAAUCUCGUAUGGAACAAGCAAGAAACAGCAAGUUAAAAAUGUGUGCCUCACUGACUUUAUACCAGAAAUGUUUAGAUCGCAGAAAGUCAUCGUGUCGAGCAGUUAUUUAUUAUCAUACAGUCAAAUCAUUAAUACCCGUCCUCAUGAGGGAAAAGUGUAAGAAUAUAACUUUACCAAAGAGUGAAGCCGAAAUUCUAAAGCUAUUCAAUAAUGUGGCGAAAAUAAUUCCUCUGGAUCCGAAGCCUACCAGUAAGCCACGGUGCAAGGCUACGAAUCAUGGAAACAGGUUUAGUAACGUUAGCUCUAUUGAGAAGCGGUACUGUGGAUUAUUUGGAGACCCCCAUUUGAGAACGUUCUAUAAUUCGAAGCAAACUUGUGUUGUUGAGGGAGCCUGGCCACUCAUUGACAAUGAAUUUAUAGUAGUUCAAGUGACUAAUGUUCGUUUGGUUGACGGAUUCAGCGCCACAGCAACCAACAAGAUCACUAUUAUCGUCAAACAAGACGUCGAGAGCUGUGUGGAGCAGAAAGCAUAUCAAGCGAAGUCCGGAGUAUUGCCGGUUGAGUUUCGUGAUGGCUCGACAUCUACGGGCACUUCAAGUUGUAAAGUCCAAGUUAUGGAACUUAUUAAAGACUCUUUAAUUCAAAUUAAACUUUGUCAUAUUGGAACUGACAUUCUAGUUCGUAAAGUUGGUCAAUUCUUGACCUUUCAUAUCAGAAUGCCACAACAGAUUGCCAAUUCACGACAUACGAAAGGACUUUGUGUUGGUGGAUGCCCUAAAAGAGAAAUUAUUGAUUACAGAGAACUCUUAUCUUAUACGGAAGCACAACUCGCCAAAGCUUUUCCAAAGAGAACAAUAACUCGUAGAGAAGCAAAGCAAAAUUGUGAAGAUUCAAAAUUAAAGGGUUUCUAUUUAGACUCUUGCGUGUUUGAUCUUCUUACAACAGGAGAUCGAAACUUUACUCUGGCUGCAGAGACUGCUUUGGAUGAUGCGUUUGAACUGGAUCCAUCAGGGACCGUAAAGGAUCUUACAACUUACAAAGCUACAUUAGAUACAGAUCCAAAUACGUCGAGGGAGAACACACGAACUAAGUCAAAACACAACGGAGUACCAACGGCUAAUUCGAGUGCUACUUUAACACUCUUUAUUCUCGUAGUUUUAUUCCUCAGCUUUCUGUAAUAAUUAAAACAUUCAUUGAAUUGCAAACGCAUACAUCGUUCACUCAUUCGGCCACAUUGAAAAUAUAAUCGUAUUUUGCUUUCUUUUUUAAAGUAAAGCUAUAAGGAUAUGAAGAAUUUUAAGAUUGAAUAGGUCCUACAUAUGUAAAUAAUAUCCCACCAGAGAGCAGAAUGAAUUUAUAAGCAAAAUUGCUCUAAGAUUUUGCAUUAUAUUUCUAUCGGCAAAUAUUUUGGAAAAAAAAGUAAAACGGGCUGGUUGAAUAGUUUCAAAGUCAACAAGCUUCAUUUGGUUUGUUUUGAGAAAAAAUUAAUUUAUGGCUAGUAAUAUUUGAAUGCACAAACUCAUGCACUUGUUUCGAGAUUAAAAAAUAUGGUUUACA